CAACAUCAAAUCAAAUCAAACCUAUCAAUACUAAAUCACCUUCGAUCAUCAUUCCCUCUGUUCAGGAUACGCUUGAAGACCUCAGUUCACUCCUAAGUUCGUUCAGAAAGAUAUUACCACUUCGAAAUCAACUCGCAAAACUAAUCCCAUUUCACCUUCGUCAAUUUGCUCGCUGGUGUCUUCGACAUCUAGCCACCAUGCUGCAUAGUCGGAAUUUACUCGCAAGUAACCUUGCGUACGACUUCACCAUCGUUCUCCUGAAGUUGAUCAUCAAUCUCUUCUUUCGUGAGAUCAGACCAAGAGGAUCUCAUAAAAUCCCUAAAAAAGGACCGGUCAUCUUCGUAGCCGCACCUCAUCAUAAUCAAUUUCUAGAUCCCAUCAUCUUGAUGUCAGAAGUCAGAGCCGCUGAAAAUGCAAGGCGAGUAUCAUUUCUGAUCGCUGAGAAGAGUAUGAAGCGGCCCUUCAUCGGUUUGAUGGCUCGAAUUAUGCAAAGCAUCUCUGUCACUCGCGCGGCCGAUAAUGCUAAGGAUGGUACCGGGUCAAUCUUUCUCCUUGACCAAGACCUCAACAUCGUCCAUGGGUGUCAAACGUCUUUUACCCGCGAACUAUCUCCUCGUAUGCAAUUGAUGUUAUCGAAGCAAUUUGGAUUCGCCACAGUAGAAGUUGUAGAGGUGAUCAGUGAUGUACAGUUGAAAGUUAAAAAGACAUUUACGAGUAAGGCGAGUGAUGUUUUGAGAGAAGAAGGAAUGAAAAUCACGUCCGGUCUUGAUAAGGCUGGUCUCACAUUCAAGGUUUUACCAUAUAUCGAUCAGACUAAAAUGUACAGCCGAGUGUACGAAAAACUCAAAAAUGGGGGCUGUCUAGGGAUUUUCCCUGAGGGUGGAUCUCAUGAUCGUACCGAUCUCCUUCCACUCAAAGCAGGCGUUUCAAUUAUGGCCCUUGGUGCAAUGUCAGCUAAUCCGGAAAUCAAAGUUAGGAUCGUACCUGUUGGACUUUCCUAUUUCCAUCCUCAUCGUUUCCGGUCGCGUGCAGUGGUGGAAUUUGGAAGUCCGAUUGAGAUUCCACAACAGUUGGUUAGAGACUUUGAGUCGGGUAAUGAAGAAAAGAAAGCUGCAAUUGGCAAAGUAAUGGAUUUAGUCUACGAUGGCCUCAAGAGUGUUACUAUCCAGACCCCUGAUUACGAUACACUUCAAGUCAUUCAAGCUGCUCGAAGGCUCUAUCGUCCGCCAAAUCGACAUGUCAGUCUGGGUACUGUCGUCGAACUGAACAAACGUUUCAUCACUGGAUACCUCAGAUAUCAAGACGAACCACGCGUUCAAGCUUUGAAACAGAAAACACUCCAGUAUAACAAGGCGCUUAGCUAUCUCGGACUCAAAGAUCACCAGGUUGAUAAAGUAGAUCGUAGAUGGUGGAAGAGUUUAAUCCUUCUAUGCUUUCGGGCCGGCUUGGUGACUGGUUGGGGUGUACUUGCGCUUCCGGGCGUCGUCCUCAAUGCACCAAUGUUCAUCUGUGCGAGUAUCAUCAGUCGCAAGAAGGCUAAAGAAGCACUCGCCGCCUCGACUGUCAAGAUUGCAGGUCGAGACGUGCUUGCAACGUGGAAGGUACUGGUGUCUCUUGGAUUAGCUCCACCACUCUACCUCAUGUAUGUUGCGAUUGCGGUGUCUUUAGCCGUGAAAUACGAAUUACCCAAGAGAUAUUUGAUGUGGACGCCAUUGGCAAUGUUGAUCGCCUUACCUUCAAUCGGAUAUUCAGCGCUAAAAUUUGGAGAGGUGGGCAUGGAUGUCUACAAGUCACUUCGUCCAUUACUCUUGUCCCUCUCUGGAAAUCGACGACAGAUAGAACGAGUAAGGGGCAUGAGAACCGAACUACAGGAAGAGCUUCAUGGGGUGAUUGAGGAAUAUGCGCCCAAGAUAUGGGAAAAUUUUGAUCAAUUUAGAAUC